CGUAUCAAUGGGUUGCGAGCUGUUUUUGGAGAAGUAUAUCCUGAUCCAGUUAGAGUUGUGGCGAUUGGCCGUCAAGUGGAGGAUCUCCUUGCAAAUCCAGAAAAUGAAGAAUGGUUAUUGAUAUCCGCAGAAUUAUGUGGAGGCACCCAUAUAACAAAUACACGGGAAGCUAAAGCAUUUGCUCUUCUAUCUGAGGAGGGAAUUGCUAAAGGAGUUCGAAGGAUUACUGCUGUCACCACUGAUUCUGCUUUCAGUGCAAUGGAAUUAGCGUCUGCACUUGAACGUGAAGUAGAUUAUGCAUCCCGGAUCGAAGGAAGCUUGCUAGAAAAGAAAGUCGCUUCAUUCAAAAGUCGUGUAGACUCAGCUCUUAUUCCAGCUGCCAAGAAGGCUGAUAUCAGGGCCAAGAUUAUGCUACUUCAGAACCAAGUGAGAAAAGCACAAAAGAAAAUUGCUGAAGCAAAUAUCCAGAAAGCCGUCAAGAUUGCAACUGAGACAGCAGAAAUUGCCACUUCAGCUGGGAAUUCAUUCUGCAUAUCUCAUGUUAAUGUUGGUCUAGAUGCAGCCGCAGUUCGCGAGGCUGUUUUAAAAGUCAUGGACCAGAAGGGAAUACCGGCAAUGGUUUUCAGUACAGAUGAAACUACAAACAAGGCAAUUGUGUGUGCUGGCGUACCAGAGAAAUCAGAUAAGUGCAUGCAGUUGGAGGUAUCCGAGUGGUUGACUGCUGCUUUAGGGCCCCUAAAAGGUAGAUGCGGAAAAGGAAAAGGUGGUCUUGCUUCCGGCCAGGGAACGGAUGCAUCAAAUCUCAAGGAAGCAAUUGAUUUGGCAACAUCAUUUGCCUCAAUGAAAUUGAGAUAAUACUUGUGUAAGUGGCAGGUCUUGCCACCGCAACCAGCUAUUAUUCCAGGUUGAUGAUGUACUUGCUAUUGCAACCAGCGGCUAAGGCAAUGAUAUACUGAGGCCUUAUUAUGUUUCUCGUCAUAUUAAAAUAUACAAAAUGAAUUGUUUAUUUAUUAAAUUUCUUUUAACUAAUUCUUUUGCACCAGUUUGAGUUACUGAUAUAAAAGAGAUUAAUCAGAUUGGUUAUGCUUUUUU